UCGUUUGCGGACAAUCUCCGGAGUAGGGAGCAUCUUACGCUGCAUAUAAGAUGCUGUAGUGGAGUUGUACUAGACCGGUAGAAGCCGUAGACGAGUAAAAGUCGUAGUAGUGGUACGCAUUAGACAGUGUUCGUCGUGCAAUCUGAACGAUCGGACAUAAUCGUUUUUCUUUAGUUUGUAUUUUUGUAAAAGAAUCAAUCUUAAAAAUAAUAUCUAUAAAAAUAUCAAGUGUUUUGAAGCACUGUAAUAAGUUAUUGAAAAUUGUUCUCAACGAUCGAUACAAUUUGAAUUUGUAAAAACGCGUUUAUAAUCGAAUUCUCGAAAGGAAGAUUAAAAUAUUACGUGAAAAAUGAACAUUUGUAAUCGUGAAUCUCAAUUAUACGAGCCCUGUCGUCAGAAAAGUUUAGGGGGAGAACAUUUUCGACAUGGGAAGGUUUCUACGCUUCGAGAACUCAUCGAUGCGUUACACGAUGCUUUCAAGACCGACCACGUGGACAUCGACCACGUUCAAGACUUAAUGGAAUCAUAUAAGAGCAAUCCAUUGGAGUGGAAGAAAUACGCCAAGUUUGACAGAUACAGGUAUACAAGGAAUUUGGUCGAUGAAGGAAAUGGAAGGUUCAAUCUUAUGGUGUUAUGUUGGGGCGAAGGUCAUGGAUCAGCUAUUCACGAUCACGCAAACGCACACUGUGUUAUGAAGGUUCUUCAAGGAGAACUUUGCGAGACACGGUACGAAUGGCCUUCCAUCUUGGAAAACAACGAUACGAUGAAAGAAUCCGAGAACGAAUUGAUAGAACGCGAGAGGAACACACUCAAGCUCAACGAGAUCUGUUACAUCAAUGAUUCUUUGGGAUUGCAUCGAGUUGAAAAUCCGAGCACCGUGAAUCCUGCAGUAUCGUUACACCUCUAUUCUCCACCAUUUUCAACGUGUUCUGUUUUUAAUAAACAAACUGGACGUAGAAGUGCGUGUACGGUAACGUUUUGGUCGAAGUACGGAGAAAAACGAAAUCGGGAAAUUCAAAAUACCCGAGAUCCCGAAGACAAUUAAUAUAUUAAAAUUUACGGUCACUCGCAUGGGAUGAAUGUAACUUCGAAA